AUGUAUAAUGAGAUAGAAGGAAAUUACGAUGACGUCGCCAUUAGUACAUUCAAGAGGGGCCUGCCGACAGAGCAUGGCUUAAGAAAGUCCCUCACUGGGAAGCCAGUCACUAGCAUGCGCCAACUCAUGGACAGAAUUGACAAGUACAAAAGGGUUGAGGAAGACCAGCAGAUGGGGAAGGGUAAAACUAAGGUUGUCCCUCAGGAGAGGAGGGACUUCAAGUUGGACCGCAUUAUCAACAGUAAUAGGCCGAGAAGAGAUUACUCAGAACAGUCUGGUUGCACUGGGGCACCAACGGUCCAUGCUGUGUUCCGAGAACCACUACACAAGUUCCUAAAGAAGGUAAAGGGUGAGCCAUUCUUUCAAUGGCCAAGCAGGAUGGUAGGUGACCCCUCGAAACAUAAUCAGAAUAUGUAUUGCGCAUACCACCAAGAGCCAGGUCACAUCGCCGAUAAUUGCAGGAAUCUAAAAAACCAUUUGGAUCGGCUUAUCCGAGAAGGGAAGUUGAGGCAUCUGUUACAUUGCCCUGAGGGAUGGCAGGAACAGUCAAAUAUCGAAACCAAACAAAGUACAUUGAGGCCACCCAUUGGCACAAUAAAUGUCAUUCUUGCCGCACCUGGAAGGACCGGUUCCAACCCUUUCAGAGUAAUGUCAGUGGGCAGGUUCCCGGCUGAACCGGGUGACAGGGAAUCCAAGAGAGCCAGAGUAAUUGCCACGCCCUUAAUCGGGUUCUUGGAUGAGGACAAACAAGGAACCCUUCAACCCCACGAUGAUGCCCUAGUCGUCACGCUCAAAAUUGGAGGUUAUGACAUGAAAAGAGUGCUGGUUGAUCAAGGCAGCGUCAUGGAAGUAAUGUAUCCUGACUUGUAUAAAGGAUUGAACCUGAAGCCAGAGGACCUGUCGGCAUACGACUCCCCUUUGGUCAGUUUUGAAGGAAAAACCGUCACCCCGAAAGGCAUGAUUAGGCUGCCUGUACAAACAGAUUCAGACAUGGGGGAGGUAGACUUCAUUGUAGUAGAUGCUUACUCCCCCUACACAGCCAUCGUGGCCCGACCGUAG